AUGGCAAUUGUAAAAAUUAAAGAUUUAAAAAUUUUUAUAAAGAAUGUUGAUGUAGAAUUUAUAAUCUUAAAACUACUAGAAACUACUCUAACCAAAGACAAUGAUAAAAUAUACACUUAUUUAGUAGCCGACGAAUCUGGUUCUAUUGAAGCUUCUAUUUGGAAUAUAUUACUUGACAUUGGAGAUAUAAUUUACAUUUACGAUGCGUAUGUGUCAUCUUUUAAAGAACGAAAAAGAAUAUUUAAGAGUGGUAAUGGAUAUAUUAGAAGAAUUGGUGAGAUAAAAAAGGAAUUUAUUCUUAAUGAAGAACACAAGAAAUUAUUUUCUUUUAGCUAA